AAGAAGUUCACAGUAAUGUUUUCUCUUUCUCUAUAUUCAGCAUGUUGAUCCACAAUCGUUCGGCCUCUUGUCUGGACUUCAGGAAGGAUGUUGACUUGAUGUUGGCCGGCUGGGUCUGUCCAAAUAAAAAUGGAGACCAGAUCAUGCUGUGAGCUCCGACGGAUGUCUGGUGUCAGGAAAGAAAGAAGGUCACGGGUCUCAGCAGAUUCCUAUCAGAGUUUACUCAUUAAUCCUGGAGGACGUUGCACUGAUCUGAUGGACUCGCACUGCACUUGGCAGCUGGACUCCGAUGCUGACGGACUCACACUGAAGCCGCUGCGAUGAGGCUGCCGCUGCUGCUCUGCACUCUGCUGGUGUCCACCUCAGGUCUGCCCACCAGGAUGGACCAGAGGAACAAGCUGCUCCUGAUCUCCUUUGAUGGCUUCAGGUGGGACUACGACCAGGACGUGGACACCCCGAACUUUGACCAGCUGGUUCUGGACGGAGUCAAGGCCAAGUACAUCACACCGCCAAUGCUGACCAUGACCUCGCCAUCCCACUUCACGACCAUCACAGGUCGGUGGGUGGAAGAUCAUGAGGUCGUCCAUAACAUGAUGUUCAACGCCAAAACGAACCUGAAGCUUCCACACAAACUGACGCUAAAGAAGUCAGAGUGGUGGAACAGGGGGCCGCUGCCGCUCUGGAUCACAGCCCAGAACCAGGGUCUGAAGACUGCCUCCUUCCACUACCCGGGAGGAGCCGCCAACUACAGCGGGCAGGCGGUCAACCGAGCCGUGGUGGAGUCGUACGGUCACCCGGACGACAACGAGACAGAGUGGCAGCAGAACAUUGACGAGGUGAUGGGAUGGUUCUCGCAGGAAGACUUCGACCUGGUGACGCUCUACUACGGCGAGCCCGACAACGUGGGCCACAACAGCGGUCCGGACACAUCAGAGAGGAAGAGGAUCAUCCAGCAAAUCGACCGCUUGGUUGGCUACCUGAGGGAGGCCAUGAGCCGCCACGGCCUGACGGACAGCCUGAACGUGAUCAUCACCUCGGAUCACGGCAUGACCACCGUCAAGAAACGCCCCCAGGUGGAGGAGAUCGUACUGAACAAGUACCUCGAUCUCCUGAGGCUGGCUAGCUUUGAGAUCUUGGACUACGGCGGGUUUGGCAUCCUGACACCAAGGCCGGGGAAGGAGCAGCAGGUGUUCGACCUGCUCUCACAGGCACCCAAUCUGACCGUUUACAAGAAGAGUGAGCUUCCUGAGAGCUUCCACCUGGCGAAGAGCCAGCGGCUGCCCCCCAUCGUCCUCAUGGCAGACUUGGGCUUCAACCUGAACUCGAGGUUCAUCGUCUACGUCAACAAAGGAGACCACGGCUACCACAGCGGAGAGAUGGACAUGAAGGCCAUCUUCAGAGCCUUCGGCCCCGACUUCAAGAAGAACUACGUGUCGGAGCCGUUCGACAGCAUCCACAUCUACCCGCUGAUGUGCCGACUGCUGCGGAUCGAGGCAGCGCCGCACAACGGCUCUCUGGCGGCAACUGAGACCAUGCUGCGAGGAGGAUCGCAGACUGGGACAGUGUCGCUGCUGCUCCUGCUCUUCACCAUCGCCUUGUCGUAGCCGGCCCAUGAUCUGAUCCACAGACCUGCAGGCAGAGUCUGCACAUGGACACCACAGUGUUGUUGAAUGAGGAUGAUUCUCUACUUCAGCAUGUUGUGACCUCAUACAGGGACAGACAGCUCACUCGCUCUCGCACUACAGGGAGUGUCUGCCUGGACGUCCGAGUUUGUCCUCCACAGGAGUCGAACCUGUGACAUCUACACCUGGCCACAUGAGGCCUGUGGCAUGUCUUUUGAGUGACCAGAUGACGACAGACACCGAUCAUGUGAUCGCCAAACUGAUUUAUUGCAUCUACACAAGCAGCAAGGUCACAAACACACACACACACAGAUACACACACUCACAAAUCAGUUUGAUGAAUUAAAUACAAACGUUUGUUUCAUUAAGAAAUCCGAACAGUAUUAAAACUCUUGAGAAGGCAGGUUUGUCGACUGUGCUGUGAAGAUGAAGUGUGGUGGACUGGGUGGGAUGUCGAUCGCGGUGCC